GUGAUUUCUGUUAUUUCACUGUGCCGAUUACGAUGACGUGAGUGUACGAGAUAUGUUUUCUCUGUAUUUUACAGGUGCUGAAGUUGAUAUAUUCGUGGGUCAAGCAGGAGCCGGUCACCAUCGCCGCGGAGCAAUGACGCGUGGCCCUCGCGACAGCAGUAGAUUAGUACAACUUCUGCCGGGAAGUUGCGGAGGUUUUCGUCUCCAAAAUCAGGACAUACAGCUAGGCGGUGAAGGGAUGCAUGUCGCGAUCAAUGAGACCUUCACCCGGAGGCGAAAAUACAACCGCGGCCGCGUACGUGCAGGCACGCAAAUUACAAUAUUUGGUGCCUACUGUCGGGAAACGAGAGAGCUGAUGUACUGGCAUGUGGACAACAAAAGCAGACGAGUUCUGUGGAGCCACAUGCUCAGAUACAUCGCUCCAAAUUCCAUCAUUGUUUCCGACAGCGCGGCCCAGUAUCGCGGUUGUAUGGCUUUGGGCUUCUCUAGACAUAAGAUCGUCAAUCACAGCCAGCGGGGCCCCGGGAGGUGA